AUGGAGGCGCGGUCGCGGCUACUGCUUGUCUUGGUUGCGCUCUGCGUUGUAUCCGUUGUGGCCGCGGCGGCGGAGAACGUGACGGUGGGGCAACUGUCGUCAUACCACGGGGGAGCGGUCGCGGUGAGCUACAACGCCAAGAGCUAUGGCGCUAAGGGCGACGGCCACACCGACGAUACCAAGGCUCUGAUGGCGGCGUGGAAGGUGGCGUGCGGGGCCGCCGGCACGGUGACGCUCACAAUCCCGCCGGGGACGUACUACAUCGGGCCGACGCAGUUUCACGGCCCCUGCAAGGCCUCCGCCCUCACCUUCAUGCUCCAGGGGACGCUCAAGGCGGCGACGGAUCUGAAGCGUUUCGGCAACGACUGGAUCGAGUUCGGCUGGGUGAAAGGCCUCACCGUCGCCGGCCAGAACGGCAUCUUCGACGGCCAGGGCGCCGCCUCAUGGCCCUUCAACAAGUGCCCCAUCCGCAAGGACUGCAAAGUCCUUCCCACCAGCGUUCUGUUCGUCAACAACCAGAACACGGUGGUGCGGGACAUCACGUCCGUGAACAGCAAGUUCUUCCACUUCGCGCUGCUGACCAACAACAACAUCAAGAUGCUCAACCUCCGGAUCAACGCGCCGGGGACCAGCCCGAACACGGACGGCAUCCACAUCGAGCGUAGCACCGGCGUGGUGAUCGCCGACACCCGCAUCGGCACCGGUGACGACUGCAUCUCCAUCGGCCAGGGGAACGACAACAUCGACAUCCAACGCGUCCACUGCGGACCGGGCCACGGCAUGAGCGUCGGCAGCCUCGGACGAUACGUCGGCGAGGGCGACGUCACCCGCAUCCACGUCAAGGACAUGACCUUUGAGGGCACCAUGAAUGGCGUCCGGAUCAAGACCUGGGAGAACUCCCCCACCAAGAGCGUCGCCGCGCACAUGGUGUUCGAGAACAUGGUGAUGAAGGACGUGCAGAACCCCAUCAUCAUCGACCAGAAGUACUGCCCUUACUACAACUGCGAGCACAAGUACGUCUCAGGCGUGACCCUUCAGGACAUUACCUUCAGGAACAUCAAGGGCACGGCGUCGCUGCCGGUCGCCGUGAUGCUGCGCUGCGGCGUUCCAUGCCAGGGUGUGGUGCUGCAGGAAAUCGACCUCAAGUACAAGGGACAGGGUGGCGCCUCCUCAAAGUGCGAGAACGCAAAGGCCAAGUACGUAGGCUACCAGUACCCAAAGCCAUGCGCCUAG